GAUUGUGCAGUUAUUCAACUCGGGGUGCGAAUAUGGCUGCCGGAGGAUCGAUAGGGAUGCAUGAGACAUUGAAUUCGUCCCACUGCACAGUGACUCCUCGCGAUUGCUGUCCGUGAACAUCACCGUUUUCCUGGAUAUGCUGGGAUAUGCGGCGCAGUGACGCGAAAACUCAUUCCCUGUGCGCGCGCGCGCGCGCAUCGUUCAGCUGAUUCACGGUCGACGAGUGAAAGUGCUCCGAAUACCUGUCGAGUCGUGAAGAUCACGGAGUCUGGACCGUGUGCAGCGCGAUGCGUCGGACGCGAGGUGCUGAUAUUCGGCCGUACCAAAAGUUCCUAAUGCAACUUUAGGUAGUAACAAUACGAUACAAAAAUCAGAGCCUGUUUUUUUUUUGGAACUCGUCAACACUCAUGGAAGAGGGACUGAAUUUUCAACAAUUGUGGCUCUAAUAUGCAUAUUUGGAACUCUUCCUCUUGUCAUAUGCAUGUAGUGUGAUAAUAAGUAAUAGUAUGUGUAAUAUCUCUUAUUGUUAAUACUCAUCUGAAAAGAAUUGUUUCUUUAACAACUCCGCCUUCAGCAUAAACAUUGGGAACUUUCCUUCACAUAUGCAUAAUACAACAUUACUUAUGCAAUAAUCUACAUCUGGACCACAUUGUAUUAUAUGUUGCAUUAAUUAAUACUCAAAGAAGAGAGACUGCAUCAUCAACAGCUGUGAUUUAAUAUGGACAGUUUGCAACUGGUUCUCGUGGUCAUUUUUACAUUUGUUUGCGGUGUAAUAUGUACCUUGGCGUUGCAGUUUUAUUUGUUCAAGAAGUAUUUGGAAUCAGGACCUCAGGCUGCUCCGCCACAGAGACAGCUGCAGCAUGGCAAGACGCAAUUACCUAAAGAACUGGUGGAACAAAUGCAGGAGGAACGGGCAAACUCCAAUAACAGUAUGGCCCGACAGGCGAUGUCUCAAGGUAAUGAGAACUUGGCUAUAAACCUUACGCUGCAAUUCCUCUUCAACGAGCUGCGAAAUGCCGAGCGAGUGCGCCUGUGGCUUUAUAGGAAAUUAAAUAAUGAAUUCAAGGAACUUCUAACGCAGUCGACCACCGCCAAGUUGUUAGACAGUGUGAAAUUAAGAGACUUGAACCUUGGCACGCAAUUUCCGACGAUAAAGGGUUUGGAAGUUGCUAAUUCAAAAAUCGAUGCCGACACAGGUUUGCUGGAGUCUCUGGACUUGGCCUUAGAUUUACAUUACUCAGGAAAUUUUCAAUUGUCUAUAGAUGUUAAGAUGUUGCUCGGUAAAACAGCCUAUAUGGCGCUGCAAGUAAAGCGUAUCAGUGGUAAAGCUAGGCUACAGUUUACUCGCGUACCGUACACGCACUGGUCAUUGAGCUUUUAUUCUGAUCCGAUCUUGGAGUUGGAAGUACAAUCACAGUUUCAAGGUCGUCAGUUACAGCCACAGAUAAUUUCAAUCAUUACCAGUCAGAUUAGGAGGGCAGUGAAGCGGAAGCAUACUCUACCUCGUUAUAAGAUGCGUUACAAACCGUUUUUCCGAAGAUUGAACGACGAGGCCGUGGAUCUCUCAGAAGUUGCAAGUACUCAGCUCACUCCAGGAUAUUUGGAGGUCACACUAUUGGAGAUUAGCAGACUAAAUCUCGCACCUAUCGUUCUCAAUAACGGCGAAGACGUAUCGCAGAUAGAAGUCUAUUGCACCAUGAGCAUAGAUUCCACUCCAUGGAUUUACUUAACGCAGUAUAAUGGGGUUCCGUAUAUGGUCCUAGACUUAAUCAUCAGUAAAACGGGCUCCCAGCAGUUGGGUGUAGUGUUCAAGCAGGAAAUUGUAUCAGAGAUCGGCCAAAUGUGUGUACUAGUUGAGACUAUAGUAUCCGGCAGUCCUGCGGCGAUCGCCGAAAUGAGAAAGGGCGAUAUUUUGGUAGCGGUGGACGGCAAAAAGGUGUCGAACAUGAACCAAGUGGCGAAAUUUGUCAAGUCUGCUGUACAGCGACGUUUCAUUAUCAGGGUAGAAAGACGGUAUUCGAAGGCAGAUUCAAGCGAAAGAGGACAGAAAACAGAUAAUGAGAGAAUGCUUUUCGCAGAAAGAAAGACUUCGAAGAGUGAUUCAGUGGGCAAGCUAGACAGCCCGAGUGUAGAAGAUGCCGGGAAGAUGAAAUUUGAAACACAAAUCAAGUUCUCUGAUCUACGAGAUUCUGACACUGAUCUCACGGACACCCGGUCAGAAACCAAGCUAUUCAAGAGAAGAAAGAGCAGCAUUCAGAUAGAAGAAAUCGCCCAGACACCGGAUACUACGCCGUCUCGACGAAUCUCAACGAUCUCCACAUCAUCGGCGUCAUCCAGCAAUGUUCAAUUUUAUCUUCCGGACGAUAGUAGCACAAACAAUAUUACUGAUCUGUAUCACAACACGAAAGAAAAAUCGUAUGCCUCUCUGAUUACCUUUGAGGAGACCAAAAGCUUCCGGAUCGAUUCUGAAUUGCAAUACUUAAAUGUAGGUGUAUGGGGUCGUGUGAAGGGCGGUGAAACACCACCGAAAUUGCUAGGCUACAUAAAUGCACCUGUAAAAUUAAUCCUGUCGCAAUGUUGCACUUCCACGACUGGACAUUACUUAAAAUGUCAUGCUUUGUUGCCUCCAGAUAGUGCUUCUUUAGCAACAUCAUACGUAAGACUGCAGGGUUAUUCGGGAUUCGAUCCAACACUCUGUUACGGCGAUAUCCUGCUAUCAUAUGUAUGGGAAUCUUGUCAACCAAGCGAUCUCAUAGUCAACGAUAUUGGAAAGAAAGAAAACGCAGAAACUGCCAAAAUUCAACCGAUUCCAAGCGAAGAAAUCACUGAUAGAAAGAUACACGAUUUCAUUAGGACGCAUUUCCACAGAGCAACACACUGCGAUUUUUGCACGAAAAAGAUUUGGUUAAAGGAUGCAGUACAGUGUCGAGACUGCGGCAUGGUAUGUCACAAAAAGUGCGAGGCACGUUGUCAGGCGUCUGGCACCUGCGGUGCGGAAAGUCUAGCAACCUUGGCUCUGGAGGCGGACGAGAUCGUUGUCGGCGAACCAAACGUUGGGGAUAUCUCUAGCCCGGAGAUCUCUCUGACUGAAUGCGAAGAUAACGUACAGGGCGCAAGUAUGAUGGCCGUGAAGGCUAGUAUAGCUAACACUCUAUUGGGCCUGAAGAAGGCUGGAAGUACCAGUUGCUUGGCCCCACCGGCUUCCGGUAUUGGUCUGGCAUCUCGAAGUCUCCCCCCAAGUCCCUGUGCAUCCCGCAAGAAUUCAUUGGCUGGAGGUCUGGGAAUAAGUCCUGACCUCUUGGAGGGUGCUGAGCCAAGUGUUGCAGCUCCACUUAUGGCUGGCGACCUAGACGAUGGUCUUAUGUCGAGGGCCAGGGAUACCGGCAAAUUCUUGUAUAAAUACUUGGAGCCGCAGGAGCGCGUCGAGAAAAUCAACACCAUGAUGGGAAAAUUGAAGAACGCGCUAGAUGCUGAAACUACCUCAAGAUUAGAACUGUCCCAGAACGGAGACGCGGACAGCAUGAAACUGAUCGCGCAGAGCGACCUGCGAGUACAGGCACUAAGCGUGCUGUUGUUGCACUACUGCGCCGGCUUACAACACGCGCAGGAGGCGGUGGACCGACCACAAAGCAAGGAAUCUUAACACAUUCAAUUAAUAUGAGAGCUUUAAGAAAAAAGCGCAUUUUUUCCCAUUUCUUUAUAAAACAAGUGAACAUAGAAAAUGUAGCGAUAUUUUAUAAUGAAAUAAUAUAAUUUGUUUUCGCUAUUUAUUUCAUAAUAAGCAACGACUGGGUAACUAACACUGGGACACUAACACUAUGUUAUAUCAAUUUUAUGAUAUUGAUAUUGCCGUUUUUAAUAUAAAUUGAUUAUAAUGUUAAAAUUGUAAUGUUAUCAGACUGUAUAAAAUGCACAGAAAUAUUUAUAUUCACAGAUAAUAAGGAGCAAGUAUCUAACAGUAUUUAUAUUAACAUUCCAUUGGUGCAGAUAUCAGAAUCACAAUCUUGUAAUUACUUUUUCUUGUUUCUACUUGUAUAAUAUUUACUGUAUAAUAUUUUAGAAAACGUUACUUAUGUAGCAUUAUUAUAACGUUACAUAACGAUACAUUUUAACGUUGAUGUAACUUUAUAAGUAUUAUACUAUAUUAUAAUAUUACAGAGAGGAAGGGGGAAAGA